AUGGAAGAGCCUUUUUGCACCUUCGCUGCUUGCAAAAACCCAGCAAAAUACAUUUGUGACUGCAAUUCGGCACAAUUUUGUAAAAUCCAUCUACCUGAGCAUAAAAAAUUAUCUAGCCAGCCUCACUCAAUCGAGCCUUUAUUUUAUACACCAAAUCCAGAAACAAAGGCUAUUCUUAUUAAAGAAAUAACAAAGGCUGGAACUAAAUUAAACGAAAAUAAAGCAAAACUUUUUGAAUCUGUUUCUCAUAUGAUCUCUAAUUUAGAAAAUUUAGUAAAAAGAGUUGUGAUUAGCACAGAAUGGAAUUUUAAUAACAGCUUGACGGCAAUUAAACAAGCUAAGAAAGUUUCUAGAUUAGAAAAAAGCCCGAUUUUAAAUUUAUUAACAUUAGAAUCAAAAGAAGCUAUAGGAAAUCUCAGACAAAUAUUGGAGCCAGAGCUUGAGCUUAAACUAACCCAAAUUUUUGAAAUUGGAAAAAAAAUUGAAGAAGAAGCAGAAUAUUUUAGAAAAAUUCAAGAUUCUCUAAAGGUGUCAUCAAAUAAAAUAAAAAAACCCUCAAUAGUCAAUCUUCCAUCAAUACAUAUAAUUUCACUUAAAAAACCUGAGCCUAGUUCUCCAACAAAGGACAAUAUUUAUAAACAGUUAAUUUCCCAUAUGUCUACAGUCAUUUUUACGAAUAUUUGAAAUUACUAUGACAAGAUUUUAUUAAAAUUACUUAACGACGGUGCUGCAUUUGACUCCUCAUUAGACAAUAAUGAUUAUGCCAGGCUAAAAGCCAAUUUAAAUCGACUAAAACCACCUGAGCCAGCACAAGUGAGCAGGCAAAAAUGCGGCCAUCCACUGCUGCUUUAUAUGCUUUUGUGUGGGUACGACCAUUGUGCUUAUUGCUUAAAAGAAGUACUCGACCAAGCCAAAGCGAAAAAUACAAUAGCCACUUGUAAGCAUGGGCAAAAAAUAAGCUCAAGAGCUGAGAAAAAUUUAGAAAACCUUUUAAGGGCUGGACAAGUUGGAGGGGACAGCUCAGGAAUUCCGAAAGGAGAAAAUAUGCAGCCUGAAAGCCAGUUUCCUUCACAAAUGAAGCCUUCACCAGGCAAUUUUCCUCCACAAAUGAAUCAAGCUCCUCCUAAAUUAAGCGCAAUGCAGCUGAAGCCUCCAAUUUAUAACCAAUCUGUUGAUUCACAUAUUGACGAAGAAACUCCAUCUCUCGUAGGCAAAGGAAAUACUGGAAAUCCUCAAGGUGGAGUGCGAAAUGCCCCAAAGCCAGGAAUUGAGUGUUACCAAUGUGAGAAAAUUAGGUUUCCUGAUGAUUUUUCUAUUGAUUGCCCUAAUCAUAAGACUUGUAAUAUUUCAGGGUCCAGGAUGUAA